CCUGGGGGGUGCCCAGGGGAGCCUGGGGGCCAACUUAGAAAUUCAAUAGAGUACUUAAUGGACACGGCAAUGGACCUUUGCAGCAGUGAUGGGGACGACAACGAUUGCUUUGACGAUCCGAUGGCUACGAUGGAGGACAAUUCACAGAGCGGUUGCACUUCCUCCGAUCCGUGUCAAGGUUUUGGCACCUUAGAGACUCCGUCCGGAGAUGAUUCCUGCUCCGACUCCAAUAGUAGGAGACACCUAGGUGGCACUGGGCCAUCAGCCAAGAUGGUCGACGUGGCUGGACCCUAUUCCAUCUACAGCUGUGAUCAUCAAGAUGAUGGCUGCAUAAGAAUUGAUGCAAUUCCUAACCCAGGUGGGCAAUUCGCAUUUCCUGCCAGAUCGCAUUUGGGUGAGGGCAACACAAAUCGAAUGUGUCCGCAGAUCUCGGCUCCGGAACUGAAACAGAUGGGGAUGAAGCGUGGACGCGACUGUCCCAUGUGCAAGGAGGAUGUUUCGUGGCUGCCACAGAUCGCAGCUUGUCCUCAUUGCGGCUACAAGCCACUGCCCAUUUUCGAGGAGAAAGUCUACAAUGAGGAUGCCACCGCCAAUGAUAUUCUCGUUGACUUCUUCGAGAACCUUGGCCCUGACUUCGACUCUGUAAGUGGCUGCCCCAACGCCGGUGAAAACCAGCAGCCAUCCGACAUGAAGACGGAGGAGGCCUUCGAGGCGAUUGUGCAGGAUUACACUGCUCUCAAGCAUAGCAUCAAGAAGUGCCACAGUGCCCAGCCCUGUGCAAGUGCAGCUAAACCUCCGCCUAAGAAGUCAGCUACAGAUUUAUUCACCAUAUUUACGGAGCUGAAGAAGAUCUGCGGCGGUGCUGACGCCGAUGCGGAUAAGAAGAAUAAGAUUAAGGAAAUUUGCCAGGAAGCCUGCAAACUGGCUAAGGUCUCCAAGAAACGAAUUGGCAGUAAAUCACCAUCAAAAAUUUCCGAUUGUUGUGCAGAGCUCAAGAGGCGUCAUAAGCAAAAGAAAGCACACGGAUCACCGUGGAAUUCAAGGCUAUAUGGGCCAGUGGAAACGUUGAAUCAUCCACGGAAAGGACAUGCCCAUUGCUACGAAUAUGAGAGCAAGGUGCCCGCCCACAUGGGUUGGCUGUGGACACACAAUCCACUGGCACAGCAUCCAGGCUGGCGCCCCGGUGCCAUACGCCGUUCCAUACGGGUUCUGAUGGGCUACUUCCUCAAGGACUUUCCAGUUGAUAGUAUGCCCAUCUCAAAGUACAAAUCGUAUCACAAUCAGAAACCAGCAAAGCCAGAUAAUCACAGCGAAAAGCCAGAGGAUUUGGUGCAGGUUCCCACUCUGCACAUUGAGAAGAAGAACGACGAGUAUAUUAUCACGCUGCGUCCCCUAAAGGAUGCGGCAUCAUUGAAACGGGCUGCCAAUCCGUAUGCAAAAAUGAAACCGGUGCAGUUUCGCAUCGUGAAGAACCCGCAGCUGAAACAGGUGCGCGAAAUGAAACGAUGCCUGAAGAAGAUGGGCUUCAGCAAGUGUACCUGCCACAGGCCCGUGAUGCGGUGUUACUGCCGCAGCUUCGUCGAUAAGAAGCUCCUCGUCGAUGAGGUGCAGCGCCAGUGCCGCGAACGAGAGAUGGUCAAUUGUGAAAAUGAACUGGUUCUCUCCGACACCACAGACAGCGAGGCGGAAUUUGAUUUUGGGGUCACUCCACCGGCUGGACUGAUGAAGCCGGAACGACUGAAGACGACCGAUGUGACGCACCAGGAGUCGCAAUACAAUGAGAAUGAUUGGGCAAUGCCCACAAUGUAUCCGCAUCCGCCCAACGCCAAUGUCCAGUAUGGUGGCUGUGUUAUGGGCGAGCGCAAAGGCCGAUUCCCCUGGAUCUUUGGCAAGGGCUACGUGCAUCGUAAGCCAAAGCCACCUAUUAUGCGUAAUCCACCCAAGAAGAAGCCAAAGCGAGCAUUUCCCGGGGCACCUCUGUCACGCGAGAAGGGUGGCCACAAUAGCAAUGCUCCAAUCCAGCCAUUCACAGAGAAUCCUCUUUAUGAUGAUAGGCAGCAGCGUCUAAAUCGAGCCGCUUAUCCACCAACAACCAAACAGUUCCAACAGCAACAAAAACAAACAGUUGUGAAGAAAGUGCAUUUUGCAGAGGAAAAUGACUAAGGCCUUCCAAAUUUUCAACUUUGAGCUUUGAUAUUUUUACAUUUUAUUUAAAUUUCAGAAAGUAACAAUAAAUACGAACGAUUUUUUAAUUUAACGAA